AUGUCUCACACCAUCCCUGAGUUAAAAGACAAAACCCUCUUCAUAGAAAAAUGUUACGUCAACGGCAAAUGGACCACCUCCCAAACAAACGCAACCUUUCCCGUCUAUGACCCAGCAACAAACCUCCAGAUAGGCACCUGCCCCGACUUCACAGCAAACGACACCACAAGAGCCAUAGCAGCAGCCUCAGCAGCCUUCCAAACCUUCCGCCACACCCUCGUCCGAGACCGCGCCCGCCUUCUCCGACAGUGGCACGACCUCAUAAUUGCCAACCGCGACGACCUCGCCACACUAAUCACCUGGGAAAACGGUAAGCCUCUCCCAGAAGCCCAAGGCGAGGUAGCAUACGCCGCCGCCUUCAUCGAAUGGUUCAGCGAAGAAGCAACCCGUCUAUACGGGGAUACCAUCCCCGUCUCCGUGCCAGGGAACCUAGUCCUCACGAAACGUGAACCAGUGGGCGUCUGCGGACUGAUCACGCCGUGGAAUUUCCCCGCCGCCAUGAUUACCCGGAAGAUAGGGCCCGCGCUGGCGGCGGGGUGCACAGUCGUGGCGAAGAGUCCCGGCGAGACGCCGUUUACGGCGAAUGCGUUGGCGGAGCUGGCUCAUCGGGCUGGGAUCCCUGCGGGGGUGAUCAAUGUUGUGACGGCGAUGAAGAAUACAGUGGAGGUUGGACGGUGUCUUUCUACGCAUGCGGAGGUAAGGAAGGUGUCGUUUACGGGGUCAACGAGGGUGGGGAAGCUGCUUAUGGGACAGGCUUCGGGGACUGUGAAGCGUGUCUCGUGGGAAUUGGGGGGUAAUGCGCCUUUUAUUGUGUUUGAGGAUGUGGAGAGUCUGGAUGAGGCUGUUGAUGGGUUGAUUUCGUCGAAGUUUCGGGGCACUGGGCAGACUUGUGUUUGUGCGAAUCGGAUCUAUGUACAUCGGUCUUGCUAUGAAAGGUUUGCGGAAAGGUUGGUUGAGAGGGUGAGGACGUUUCGGGUUGGGUCUGGGUUUGAGGAUGGGGUGACACAUGGGCCGCUUAUUCAUAAGGCAGCUGCUGAGAAGGUCAUGGCUCAUGUUGAGGAUGCGAAAGCUAAGGGGGCCAGAGUCCUUGUUGGUGGGGAGAGGUUGGAACACCUGGGGGAGAACUAUGUUCAGCCGACUGUGUUAGUGGACAUGACGCAUGAUAUGCGAUUGGCCUCCGAGGAGACGUUUGGGCCUGUUGCAGCUCUUUUUGCCUUCGAUGAGGAGGAGGACGUUAUCCGAGAGGCAAACAAGUGUGAGGUUGGUUUGGCGGCUUACAUCUAUACUCGGAGCAUACGAAGACUGCUCCGUGUCGCCGAGGCGCUUGAGGUUGGGAUGGUAGGUGCUAAUACGGGCAUCAUCAGCAAUGUGGCAGCUCCAUUCGGUGGUGUCAAGGAGAGCGGGUUUGGAAGAGAGGGAAGCAAGUAUGGAAUCGAUGAGUUCACCCACUUCAAGACCAUUACAAUCGGAGGUCUAGCGUAAUCGUCGUGGGAAGCUACUCUAUAUUGGGUUGAAGGGUAAAUAGCACAAUAUUCAAAAAUGGUAUAUGUCUAUACAUUGACAUUUUUA